AUGCCUAUGACAGAUAUACACUCUAAAGAACAAAAGGGGGAUCAACGAUUAGUUUUGCCAUCCGGUUUUGAAAAAUCUAUUUCUACAAAUAAUAGAGGGCUUACCCCUUCUUCAGAUCCUUACCUAAUAAGUGAAAUACAACGUGAAGAGCAGCAAAGACAUCUAUCGUUACAAGAUAUAACAUCCUAUGCUGAGACAUUCUGGAGACCAAUUUUUGCUUCAGAUCCUUACCCAGUGAACGGAAUGGUGCUACCGGCCAUUUAUCCAGAGAAAACGAUACAAAAUAGCUUAAUUACUGAUACAUUUUCUAAUGCACAUUUAGCAAAUAUUACUAGAGUAAUUCGAUCACUUCGAAGUGGAAAUGAUAUGCGACAUACAUCAGGGCUAGCUGAUCAAUAUAAUAUUCACGUUUAUAGUUCUGCCCCUCCACAGAUUUCAACAGAAAGAUCGAAUCCAGACACUCUUUGGCAACAUACUUAUGAAAAUUUACCUAUAUCUGGGCCACCUCUUCCUGAAUGGCGAAGUCAUACCGAUGAUACAAUGGCUUUAGGGAAUUCAACUGAAACUGUCUUCGGAUCUAAUGCAUCUGGGGUGUAUGGAACUGCUUCCACUGGACCUAAAACUUUACGCGCAUACAAAGAAAGUGACUCUAUGAAUUUACAUGACGAAUUG